GUUUCAUAUGUAUCACGGUGUCGAGUCAGAGCAAUAGUAGUCGUGGAGCAUGGUUCAACACUGUAGCCAUGAUUGGUUUUUGGUUUACCGGGAUAUUGCUCGUUUUUUACUUGUUCCAUAUCAUUGAAAAAUUCUCGAAAGUUCCUUGGUUAAAAAUUGAAUUUAUAUUUUGUGGACUUUGGACUAUUUUUUACAUGCUGGCCGCUUCUCUUGCAGCUGGUCAUGCCGCAUAUAUAGAAGCUUUUGGAGCUGCAGCAUUUUUUGGAUUCUGCGCUAUGGUAGUUUAUGGUUAUGAUGCCUGGCUCAAAUUCCACGCAUCAAGAAGCGGUGCCUUGGCACAGGGACAGCACACACCGAAACAAAUAUCCACAGUGACGAGUCCUGCGUAU